GGCGGCUUGCGAGCGCGCGGCCAGGUCUCUCUCUCUUCAGUCGUCCGAACACCAGCUCAGCAGCACCGACUCCUCCGACCGGCUGCCCACCCGGUUGCCCGCGUACGGACUUCACGCACACGCCCGCUGUGCCGCGCGUCGUCGUCGUCUUCCGUCCGCAUAUUCUUCGUAUCUAUUUUUAUGUUUCCAUUUCUAUCUUUCCCGACAUCGAUACACAACACAACGCUCAAUAUAUUUAUGUUUGAUACAUAUUUUCCAUUAGUAUUAUAUACCUAUCGCAGGUAUCGCCACACACAUAUUAUAUAUACAAGUAUACAAUCCAACAGAUAGGUAUUUGCUUAUUCGUUUCGGUUUCGUUUCUUUUCCCUCGUCGCCCGAAUACGUUUUGAAUGAAGAACAUACGUCAAGACAGUGUAUCUCAUUACCAGAGAUUUCUCGAAUUCACAGGAGUCAUCCAAAUAUCUUACCAAAGACGGCUAAUUCUAGUGAUCUAAGCGUAUAACAGUUGCCGGUCCGAUCGUCGUUUCCUAUUUCGAUGGGUUGAGACGAAUACUAACGAGUUUCCAGAGCCUGAAAACCUAUCUAUAAUAGUUGGUUCAAAGGCCGAAGGAGACAUAUUGGAGAAUUUUUGAAGAAAGAAAAUUGAUUUAUAAUUGUCAAAUCGCAAGACUUUUUUUUCUACCAUAGAUACAAAAAUGUUGAAAGUAGUAGGAGCAUCAUGGGCUCAGACACAAUUAUCGUGGUGUUUGAUUAUUGCAAUCACUUUGUUGGGUUUGCUAGCAUUUUAUUUCGGAGGAACGAUCAGAAAUGAGUACGAUGGUAAAUAUGCCGCAACAGCGUUUUGGAGCAAAGAAUUUGGAAUGAGAAUUGAUUUCUGUGGCCAAAAUAACGACCCGCUUAAAGUAAGAAAAGGAGUGGCAAGAGCUUAUUAUAGACCAGAUUUAUCUGAAAACGGAUGGGCAGUUUUAGAAAUUGAAACUCAGGCGGAAUACCCAGAUUACGUACAAGCUAAGGCUGCUGGAUAUUUGGAAGGAAGUUUGACGUGGCGAAUGAUUUAUUGGCACUGGAAAAACACAGUGGAAAACACGUGUAUCGGGAGAAAGGCAUUCUGUGAUCGACUUAGAAAAUAUUUAGAAGAAAAUGCUGACGAAAUCAAACAAACGGCAAAACGGCGAGGCGAAUUAGACCCGUUUUGGCACCAAGUGAAUAUGUUUUACACGCAACUAAAAGCAUUGGAGGAUGGUUGGAGAUUUGGCGUAAAAAGAAGCAGACAAGAUAUUGACAUACCAUCUGUAGACUUUUUAUGGAUGAACAUAAUGCCUGAUUUAAAAAACUUCGAACAAAAAUUUAACGCAUCAAAAGAUUUUAAUCCAAAUAAACCAUCGAUAUCUUCUACAUUGGUAAAAAUUAUCGACAAUGACCCAAUUGACUUUGUAUUAGCUCAAUCAGCUUCUGGAUAUUAUGAGUCAAUGUUGCGCAUACAGAAACGCUACAACUUUGGUUUCCAUGAAACGGAAAGCGACGACAGUGCACUCGUUAAUGGAAAAAUAAUCGAGUUCACGUCAUAUCCUGGAUCAGUUUAUUCUCAAGACGACUUUUAUAAGGUCACCAAGAAAGGUUCUAAGAUUGAGACUACUGUUGUAGGGACAGAAUUACAAAAUAACAACAGACAACUCUGGGAAAAGAUUAUGAAAAAAGACCAAGUCCUGUUGGGUGCUAGAGUCAUGGCAGCCAAUCGUUUAGCGAGUAACAGUAAGAAAUGGUACGAGGUGUUUUCGAGAAACAAUAGUGGCACUGGAAACAAGCAAUGGUUGAUCAUCAGCACAAACAGCACAUCAAUUGCAUUUGGAGUUGUCGAACAAAUGCCCGGCAUUGUUAGUUACGAAGAACUAUCCAAAAAACUUUUGUCCACCGGCUAUUGGAUCAGCAAUAAUAUUCCAAGUCUCAAGGAAACGGUGUAUAUGUCGGGCGCUGACGGACGGGACGCCGAUCAACCGGUGGCGAACAUACUGCGCGACGGUCAGCGGAACGUCACCGACAUGGGAACGCUGGUGGACCUGAUGAGGGGUACCGAGAUGUCGCUAAUCGGCCGGACUGACCUGCUGGGCGUCAAGACCAACGCCGUGUUCCGGCUGUUCGCCAACCAGUCGUUCGUGGAACAGCUGAUCGCGGCCAACCGGCUCCGGUCGGCCGACGCCGCAGCGCCACUAAAGGCGGACGACCGGACGACGAUCGUCACGACGAACCAGCUACCGCCGUCCGCUGUGUCCGCCGACAAGUCCAACACGGACAAGUACUUCACCGGAAUUGUGGACCUGAAGGUCACGUCGGCGUACAUGAGCGGUUACUUCGCGGCUUCCGGGCCCCCGUUCACCGAGGACCACGCCAAGGUCGAACCGUUCCGGUGGUCCGAGAGCCCGAUCCGGCACUUGCCGCACUACGGGCACCCGGACGUCUGGGACUUUGAAGUGGAGGGCAUCGGUUGGGUUUGGACCUGAAGACCGAGCGGAGAUUCAGCGAUACGCGACGCAUGAUGAUAUUUUGUAUACAAUAAUAAUAUUACAUUAGAUCAAUGGGUGUGUGUGUGUGUGUGCACUACGAUAUUUUAUACUGUGUGUACGAUGUAAACGGAACAUCGGACACGACCUUUAAGAUGAAUAUAUUAUUAUUAUUAUUUUUA